CAGUAGUCUCGUGUUUCAACUCUCUCUUUACUUCUCUCUCUCCAUCCCUCCUUCCCCUAUCUCUCCCUCACUCUCUCUCUCUCUCGCCCCCUCCCCGCAUACUCUCUCUCUUUUUUCCUCUCUCUCCUGUAUUCUCUCUCCUCUUUGCUUGUUGACAUUGUUGAGAUUAUUCACUCAUAACUCAGAGGACCCAACAUCCUAGCUGAGUCCAGACUGGAGCCAUGGCUCCAGAGAAGGAAAGCAAUGGUCUCGAAAACUACGCAUUUGCUAUUGAUGGGCGUUUCUGUGAUCUGGAGAAGGAUGGCGAGGGCUCCGGCCCCUCUGAGGAGGACGACAAGAACCGACUGGCUUACUGUGUCACAGACGUCCCACCCUGGUACCUAUGCAUCAUCCUGGGCAUCCAGCAUUGCCUGACAGCGUUUGGAGGGAUCAUCGCCAUCCCUCUGAUCCUGUCUCAGGGUCUGUGUCUGCAGCACGACAGCCUGACCCAGGGUCACCUCAUCAGCACCAUCUUCUUUGUGUCAGGCGUGUGCACCCUGCUGCAGGUCACCUUUGGAAUCAGACUGCCCAUUCUUCAGGGGGGUACUUUCACCUUGCUGGCUCCCUCCAUGGCCAUGCUGUCGAUGCCAGAAUGGACGUGCCCUGCCUGGACCCAGAACGCUUCCAUGGUCAACACCACCUCUCCUGAGUAUGUAGAGGUGUGGCAGAGCCGCAUGCGAGCGCUGCAGGGCUCCAUUAUGGUGGGCUCCUUGUUCCAGGUCCUGGUGGGUUUCUCUGGCCUCAUCGGUCUCUUCAUGCGUUUCAUUGGCCCCCUCACCAUCGCACCCACCAUCUCUCUGAUUGGCCUGUCCCUCUACGACUCAGCUGGAAUUAAUGCAGGGAACCACUGGGGCAUCUCAACUAUGACGACUGCUCUGAUCAUCCUGUUCUCCCAGUACCUCCGACACAUCCCUGUACCAUUCCCCACAUACAGCAAGACCAAGAAACUCCACACCUCCAAGAUCUACAUCUUCCAGAUUCUACCAGUGCUCCUUGGCAUCACACUGUCAUGGCUGAUCUGCUACAUCUUCACCAUCUCUGAUGUCCUGCCCUCACAGCCGGAGCAGUACGGCUACCUGGCUCGCACAGACCUGAAGGGGGAUGUCAUAGUCCAGGCCCCCUGGUUCAGAUUCCCAUAUCCAUGUCAGUGGGGCUUACCAACUGUGAGCCUGGCGGGAGUGGUAGGGAUCUUGGCUGGGGUGAUAUCCUCCAUGAUAGAGUCGGUGGGGGACUACCACGCCUGUGCCAGGCUGUCAGGGGCCCCUCCUCCACCCAAGCAUGCCAUCAACAGGGGCAUUGGCAUCGAGGGGCUUGGCUGUCUGCUGGCUGGAGCCUGGGGCACGGGCAACGGAACCACCUCCUACAGUGAGAAUGUGGGAGCAUUGGGGAUCACCAAGGUUGGCAGUCGAAUGGUGAUCGUUGCUGGUGGCGUCUUGCUGAUCAUCAUGGGACUGUUUGGUAAAAUUGGGGCCAUUUUCACCACCAUCCCCACACCUGUGGUUGGAGGAAUGUUCUUGGUCAUGUUUGGCGUCAUAUCUGCAGCUGGAGUUUCAAAUCUGCAGUAUGCAGACAUGAACUCCUCCCGGAACAUUUUUAUCUUUGGAUUUUCCAUGUUUUCCGGGCUGGUUAUUCCAAACUGGAUAUUCAAGAACCCAGAUGCCAUAGCAACAGGUGUGGUCGAGCUGGACCAACUGCUGCAGGUGCUUCUGACAACCAGCAUGUUUGUUGGAGGCUUCUUUGGGUUCUUCCUUGACAACACCAUUCCUGGAACCAAGCGGGAGCGGGGCAUCAUAGCCUGGAACAAGAUCCACCUGAACGACUCCAGCAACACCUUGGAGAGCAGCGAGGUGUACAACCUUCCAUUUGGAAUCAGCUCUUGCCUCUCCUCCUACACCUGGGUUCGAUAUGUGCCGUUCCUCCCUCUGAAUGCACCCAGCUCACAGGACAAGCCCGGGGUGGACUCUUCGGAGACCCACAAGCAGCCUGGGAAGCCAGAGCCCUCACAUAUCAUCAGAUCAGUGGCCUUAUGAACACAGAGCAAGCCCAGACUCUGGCUAAAACAACAAGAAGAACAAUAACAAAGGCAGCUCUCGUGACAUGGACCUCCUGUCCUGCUCUGAAGACACUGUAAAAGAACACUAUCCAUACUUAUUUAAUCAGACAUUUUCUACUCACUUAUUGGCCAAAAUCAGAUCAGCAGUAACACGUGUUAGCCAACAAACGCAUAGCUUUUCAUUGCUUUUGUUUAGGCAGUGUCGGAGGUGUAACUGCAUUAGAGCGGUAAUAAUCCACAAGCGGCUCCUGGCGUUACCUAUCACAGACGUUGCCAUUGGAUGCACCCAGUAGCAUUAGUAGAAAUCACAUGCAGCCACGUUACAAGUUCAAACACUGGAAUGUGUGAUGUAAUGUACAUCUUGUUUAGCUUGAUAUAAAUCCCUAUUAUGUUGUUUAAUGAUUUUAAACGUGUGUCAUUAUUUCUAUAUAGCCUACACUUUCUCAUUCUAAACUUUUAACAUGGGUAGGAUAUAAGGACAGGUGUGGUUUCGUGACAAUGACUACAACAGCAGCUGCUAUACAAUUUGACAGCUCUAAUGCAGAUAGACACGGCCCCAAAAAAAGCAAUGAAAAGCUAUGAAAAGCCAUGCGUUUGUCGGCUAACGAGGGUUACCGCUGAUUUUUUGCUGUGAAACAUUCUUUCAAAGCUUGGAAAUGUUGUACAUUGUUAAUAAAAAUACAAAAAUCGGUGGAACUUGUAUUUAAUGAUAACACAAUGUAUAAGAACUGUAUACGAAUUUUACUAAAAUUGGUGCUUUUUAAAGAAAUAUCUAGAUUUUUUUAAAAUUAAUGUAAACAUACUGAUUUCUCCGCAUUUCCAAGUUGGUUCAGGGUAACACUAGGAAUAAACCUUUAAAAACGUUUUAAAUAAAUCAAAGAAAUGUAUUGUAAAAAACAGCAAUAUGAUUAAAGUAUAUCUCAGAAACUGUAAUUUUGAGUCCGUGUGAUACGAUAGUACUCAGGGGUUGCCAAGAAAAUCAUGCUGAAACACUGUACCUAUAAUGAUUAAUAGAAAAUGAGAUAAAUUCCUUCUCCAAUAGAUACCUGGAAAUAAAGCCAAUGACAUGUAUCAGUAUAGUAUCA